AUGCCGCCUGCUGCGCGCCCUGUCGAUGCUGGUUCCGCUUCGGACACGGACAGUGAUGACGAGUUUUUCUUCCCGCAACCUCCCCCAUCUGACGCACCGUCGCCCCCCGGAAGUUACGACUCGUCCAGGACCCCUCCGGCGAACUUCCCUCCGCCGCCUGACUUCCCCCCUCCUCCGUUCCCUGGUCAGACUCCACGGCGGCAAUACCCGCAUCUCGACAUUGGAAGCAACAAGGACGUGCGUAAAAGCACGUUUGACGACGAUGUCGAUACGACGUGGGCUCCCCGUCCGCCGCCAGAAGCUGUCCUCGAGCGCAUCGAGGACUUCUUCCCGGCUCAUGAUCUCGAUCGACCGGUCAUUGAGAUGCCUUCGGGCGGCACGUCCCCCACUACCACUGAGAACCCCAUCCCGGCGCCGCAGCGCAACAAGCACAAGAAGUCUAUUCGUGUUGUGGCCGCGGAGCUCAAGAAACGCGCGUCGCGGAUGGAGUCCUCUGUGCCUGCUGUUUUGCGGAAGCGGAACACCAAGCUGUGGGGCAGCAAGGUCGAGGAAGUCACGACGGAGGCUGAGGUGGCUCCUGUGCCUUGCGAGGCGUCGCCUGGGGGUGCUGUCAAGCCGAUCUUCCGGUGGAUCCGUGGUGAACUGAUCGGAAAGGGCACAUACGGCAAGGUGUACCUCGCACUCAACGCUACGACUGGCGAGAUGAUUGCUGUCAAGCAAGUAGAGAUACCUAGAACCGCCAGCGACAUCAGCGACACGCGCCAGGUCACCGUUGUAGAAGCAUUGAAGCUAGAAAGCGAGACAUUGAAAGAUCUGGACCACCCGAAUAUCGUGCAGUACCUUGGGUUCGAAGAAACGCCGACGUUCUUGAGCAUCUUCUUGGAGUACGUUCCUGGUGGAUCUAUUGCCAGCUGCCUACGCAGAUACGGCAAGUUCGAGGAAGAAGUCACGAAGUCUUUUAUGAGCCAAAUCUUGUCUGGCUUGGAAUACCUCCACGGCAAAGGCAUUUUGCAUCGAGAUCUGAAAGCGGACAACAUCCUAGUCGAGACGAACGGCAUCUGCAAGAUCUCCGACUUCGGCAUUUCGAAGCGCACAGACGAUGUCAACCAGGCUGGCAACUACACGUCGAUGCAGGGUACGGUGUUCUGGAUGGCGCCUGAGGUCAUCAACUCCCAGAAGGGAGGGUACAACUCCAAGGUCGACAUUUGGAGUGUUGGCUGUGUCGUCUACGAGAUGUGGACAGGACAAAGGCCUUGGAACGGUCAAGAGGCGAUGGCAGUUUUGCUUCACUUGUACCAAAAUCGUCAAUCUCCACCCCUGCCUGAGACCAUCACGCUGUCUCCGUUGGCUGAUGACUUCCGUCAGAAAUGUUUUGCUAUGGACCCCGCACUACGACCGAGUGCAGCUGAACUGCGGCAACACCCAUAUCUCGAACUCCAGCCGGGCUGGAAGUUCCCUGGUUUCCAGUAG